UCAGCACCUCAGUUUCGGCCAAGUUGUCGGCAAGAGGAAAUUCUGCAAGUCAUGGUGGGCCAUUCAACGCGAGAGGGGAGUGAUAACCAUAUAGAGAUCUAAGGGAAUAAGUGCGUAGUUAGUUAGAAGUGACUGAUGACAGUGGCUGUGUAUGCAUAUAGAGGCAUUCGGAGUCAUUUGUCAGUAAACUCUUCCUGAGCUUGGUGAACUUUGAUAAUGCAUGCUUACAAAUAUUUAAGCUGGAUAUAAUUUGGGUGAAAAAAAACUUUCUUCAAAGACAACAAAAGAGGAUUUAUCUUCACCUUUAGUUCUGUUUUAUUAGAAGCACAUGACUGAAACAAAGCGAGCAUCCUUUUAUCUUGUGUCUGCUUUUGAUUUUCUAUUGUAUACAAGGCUGACCAUAACCUUAAUUGGGUUUGACAUUUGUUUGUGUGUAAUUUUUUGUUUUUGCUUUUUAGUUCCUUUUUGAGUUUUUUCUUUUUUGUUCCUUUGCAAAGAAAUGCUUUACUUGAAAAAGUACUUCACAGAGGGUCUUAUUCAGUUCACUAUCCUCCUGAGUCUAAUUGGGGUACGGCUGGACUUGGACACUUAUUUAAACAAUCAGCUCCCCCCACUCCGUGAGAUCAUCCUGGGCCCCAGCUCGGCCUACACCCAGACGCAGUUCCACAAUCUCCGUAACACCCUGGACGGCUAUGGCAUCCAUCCUAAAAGUGUGGACCUGGACCAUUUUUUCACCACUCGUCGGCUUCUGAACCAGGUGCGCUCCCUGGAUCAUCUGCGUGUGCCCAGCACUGAGCUGAGUGCCUGGCUGGUGCAUCGUGACCCUGAGACUGUGGUUUCGGCAACCAGUCAGUCCGGCCCCAGCAUUGCCCUGGACAAUGGGGGCAGCCUGGAGGACGUGAACAACUCCGAAGCCUCGGCCAUGAGAGGGGCUGGCAGUGCUUCUGAGACCACUUACAGCCUCAGCGGAGAGGACAGCCUGGGAGCCGUGGCCCCUGAGGACAGUCAGGAGCAAGGGGAGAGAGAGAGCAGUGACGACCUCUCCAAAGAGCUUACCAGUCUUGGUGCUCAGACUUCAUUAUCCCUGCAGGAAUGUCUGAGGCUUCUGGAGGCCACCUUUCCAUUUGGAGAAGAGCCAGAGUUCCAAGCCACUGGAUCCACCUCACAGCUUAGAGCUCCAACUGAAGAAACGCCAUCAACAUCACAAGGGAUCCCCCUACAAGCCCCUCUGUCACAGUCUGACACACCACUAGACCUGGAGCAGCAGUGGCAGGACAUAAUGUCCAUAAUGGAACUGCAGGACAUGGAGGUGAACAAUACUGCAGUAAAUGUCUCCAUGAAUAAUGACCCCAAUAACAACAAUGCCAGCACCACCGACUCAGCCACAAUAGGAAGUUUUGGACUUCCACGGUCCACUCUCAUUAACCAGGAUGUUAGUCUCCACCAGGCUUCACUUCCCAGCUGCAGCCAGGACUUUCCCCCAUUGUUCAACCCUGAGUUGGAUUCCAUUGGGGUACAGCGGCCUGCCUUAGUCAGGCUCUCUUCUAGCAACUCCUCAAACAUCAAUUCAACAUUUGGAGCUACUAACUUGACCGGUCUCUUUCUCCCACCACCUCUAAACAGUACAACUAAUCUAACCACCACUCCGGUGCUGCCAGAUCCAUUUUCCAGCCUGCUGGAAGAGUCUAUGCUGGAUGAAAUUAGCCUGCUAGACCUUGCAAUGGAAGAGGGUUUCAGCCAAGACCAGGCUUCUCAGCUCGAGGAUGAGCUCGAUUCAGACUCAGGUCUUUCACUGGACUCCAGCCGUAGCCCAGCCUCUCCUAGCAACUCGGAGACAUCCUGCUCGUCAGCCGCAUCGUCUUCAUCCACCUCGGCUACAUUCUCAGAGGAAGGAGCUGUUGGAUACAGCACCGAUUCAGAGGCGGCCACAGCAGAAGCAGAGGAAGGAGCCGUCGGGGGCUACCAACCGGAGUAUAGCAAGCUGUGCCGCAUGGGCUACCAAGAUCCCUCUCAGUUCCAUGGCAUACCACAGUUGGAAAGUGUCAAUCACAACCACACCUACAAUCUACCACUGGCAUCAUCCUACUCUGUGUGCUCUCAACUGUCCACAUCCUGCAGCAAGAAAGGCAGAGACAAGCAAAUGCAGCAGACAAAGCUCCAGCCACCACAAGACUGUGUUGACAGGCAGUCUAGCCGUGAUGAUCGUAGGGCGAGGGCCAUGGACAUCCCAUUCUCCAAUGACAAGAUCAUUAACCUCCCUGUCGAGGAGUUCAAUGAGCUUCUGGCCAAGCACCAUCUCAAUGAGGACCAGCUUUCGCUCAUUCGCGACAUCCGCCGACGUGGAAAGAACAAAAUGGCGGCACAAAACUGCCGUAAACGCAAAUUAGACACCAUCCUCAAACUCGAGGAGGGCGUGCAAGACCUGCAACGCGAAAAGGCUCAGCUGCUGAAGGAGAAGAUGGAAUACUGUAAGUGCAUUAGACAGACGAAGCAGAAAGUUCAGAGCCUUUCCCAGGAAUUGUUCGCACAGCUGCGGGACGAGGAAGGUAGACCCUACUCGGCCAGCGAGUACUUUCUGCAGUACGGCCCUGAUGGCGUUCUCCUCAUGCCUCUUAACAUGACCACAGAACAAAGCAACAAGCCUGACAAGAAGCAGAAGGACAAAAAGAAGUGAGGAACUCGAACUGUUGCCCUUUUAUUUUUCGCAAAGGCACUACCAUACAAAGUAUUUCGAAAGGCAAAGGAAGCCUUUUUCUUUGAAACGAUUCUAGCGAGGAGAAGAAAAUUGCAUCAUUGAUUACUCCUCCUGCAUUGGGUUUUCUUUGUUCCUUUUUGGUUCAGAAGUUUUCUCCUGAAAGCGGCAUUAAAGCAGACGUGCUGUGUGUAGUACUGAUUUCUCAUUGAUGUACAGAAAGAUGCGAGCGAACAUGAUACUUUCAGAUGCCAACUGAAAGAACUGUCAAGAACGUGAGGUCAUGAAGGACACCAACAAGAUGUUCUUAAUUAAAAGAACUGUUCAGGAAUGCUCCCAAAAAUGUAGUCGAUGACAAUAAUACACCAUACUAAGAUGACGUUGGCCAUGAGGAUGCAAAAAUGUAAAUUUUCAGCAUUAGCCCAUGCUGUGUGUUUGUGCGUACCCUGGGAUUUUAUUGGUGGGCGAGGAAGAUCCAGCUGAGAGCUGGUAAAAAAAAAGAGUACUGAACGCUAGAAGUGAAGCCAAAAGAAACCAUAGGCAUGCCAAUACUAACCAAAGGUUGUGUUGUGCCGUUGUGUUGUUCCCAUAACGAAUCAUACAGGUCACUCCGUGGAUCCAAAUUCACAUUUUCACUUAAAAAAGAACAAAAUAAGUUUGUUAGUCUUAUUGGACAGCAAACUCGCCUGAAAUUUCUCUGUAGAGUCAAUGCCAUUUGCCAAGGAACUUGGGACGGUGAAACAAAUAGCGCUAAAGAGUUGGUUUGAAUUUAGCUUUGGCUUGAUGAGAAGCAUUGGCGGUACAGAUGGAGGAUGGAAACGCACUGCAUUAUUACUAAUAAAUCAGCUUCUGUACCCUUUUCAGCACUGUCAAUCAACACUGUAGUUUGCUUACAAGCUUUUUUCCUUUACUGCUGGGGAAAGGGUCUCUCAGGCCUUCCUGACAGCUUUUAAUGUAACUCUUUUCCAUGUGCAUAAACUUUAAUAAGCCAUCAGACAUGGACACCUGAGUGGCAUCAGUGCAAUUUGUUCCUGAAUCAUGUGAUUGAGUCCGGUGUGUCUUGGAAUGCAGGAUUAAUUGAAACGAACAGAGUCAUUUGCUUUUAAAGUUCAUAAUGUGUAGCCUUUGUUGCAGGUCAAAAUGCUCUGUUGCUACUGCAACUUAGUGGCUUUUGUCUGUUGCAGUGGAGGAACGUUAAGAGAUGCUUUUGUUACAGUUUUACUGUCAUUUGAAAAAGGAAUAAAAAUCUCACCAAAAUAUACAAAUAGUAGCAGGCAUAGGUCAUUAUUACAUUUAAACUACAACUUCUCAUUAGCUGGGUCAGUGUCUUAGCUUUGAUGUGAUGUGAACCUGACUUUUUUUCUUUUACCCAAUACACUACUUUUAGUAAAAGUACGUUUAUUGCUAAUUGAGUGAAGCCAUGAAUGGUCUCCUGGCAAAUUAAAGCAGUUAAGCUUGUGCCAAUAACCAACUGGAUCGUGCUUUACUGCAGCCUGAGGAUACAGCUGACCUUAUACACUGACAUAUCAUUGAAUGGGUAGAAAAAAAAAACGUAAUACUGGUGUGAAUGUCUAAUUUACAUGUUGUUCAUCUUCAUCCUCUUCUGUCAGUCUCUGUUGUUUCCAUCUACACUGUUCAUAUAGCACCAUGAGUCACAGUCAGUGUCUGCUUUGGUGUGACAUGAAUAAAUAUGCAAGACCUGGUCAUUUUUUUUUGUCUCAGAAAUGGAAAAGAGACCAUCUUUAUGUUACUGGUUACAAAUACUUAGCGUAGUUGGGGUAGAGAUAAUGAAAAAAGAUGAGCGAUUUAUUCACUUAGAUGAACCUUGAAUCCCUGUUACAAUGUCAUAACUACUUGCCAUUAAGCACUGCUGUUUUUGUUCAUCUUGUUCGGUUUGUAAAUAUUUUUGUGUUCUGUAUGUCUCUUGUCCUAAUUGCUUGGUUCAGCCAGGCCUUUUUGCACCUUCUUUGAAUUUGCCUGUUCAGAGUAUUCCUAUAUGACUUAUGUUGAGAGAUUUGCUGGCAAUCUGGAAUUGUUCUUUUAUUAAUUAUAAUAAACAUUUGUUUCAUUUC